AUGGAUUAUCCAAUUCUGGAAUUAUUUACUUCGCUCGUUAUUUCUACCACUGCCAUAGACAAUCAUCCCACCACACACGGCGCAAGCUGCGAAUUAAGCGAGAGCGACAUUAUAUUUGGAAUGAACGAUGGUCUCUUAGAAAUCAUAAAACGGAUAUCUUCCCUUCACCAUCGCUCCAGAACCGGGAAAGUGAACAACUCCACCACAAUUACGGAAGCUGUGGGCAUAUGGCAAGACCUAGCGACCUGGCAACCGCCAGAAUCUCUGCCCGGUGAACAAUACCAGGAGCUAUACGAUUCGUACACAUCUGCACUUUUUACUUGGCUCUACCUCAUCCUGCAUCCCGACAGUAUGUGCGACGAGAAGGUCCAGUCCAUGGUGGAACAAGGUGUGGUUGCCAUGUCGGCUGUCACGGUUCUCGAAUUGUCACCAUUUCUGCUCAUCCCUCUCUUCAUUCUCGGAUUGGCCAGUGUGCAGGACGAACACAAAGACUUUAUCAGCGGGCUGCUUGACCAUAUCGAAGAGCAUACCGCGUGUGAAGAGGUGGAAGUAUAUCGCACGAUGGUGGAACGCAGUUGGGAAAGCCAAGAUCAGGGAAUGCCGAGGAGCUGGGAGUGGAUCCAAUGGCAGGACGCGGGCCCUGCAGGAUGA